AUGGGAGUUGCUGCAAAAGCUUGGAAAUGGAGCACGUUGUCAUGCUUGCUUACGACGGUUGCCUCGGCUGUUGAGCCAACCGUGAAGGUGCUCAAUGGCACGUACGAAGGCCGGUACCUGCCUGGCUUCGAUCAGGAUCUUUUUCUUGGUGUGCCUUACGCGCAGAACACAGGGGGUGAGAAUCGCUUUCUGGUCCCACAGUCGCUGAACUCGACGUGGAAUGGCACGCGCCCAGCCAAACAGUAUGGACAUGCUUGUCCUGAUCCUCAACCAGAACGGGAUGCAGAGUUUGGUAUGAGCGAGGACUGUCUUAGUAUCAACAUUGUGCGUCCGGCUGGUCUUUCGGUGAACGAGUCUGCGAAGUUGCCGGUUGCUGUCUGGAUUCAUGGCGGUUCCUACCAAGUAGGAACGUCGGCUUUACCGCAAUACAACCUCACAUAUCUCGUCCAAAGGAGCGUGGAACUUGACAAUUCUAUUAUUGCGAUAAGCAUCAACUACCGGAAAGGCGGUUGGGGCAUGAUGUACUCGCGCGAGAUCCAAGGAACCGGCAACACAAACCUCGCACUUCGAGACAUGCGCAAAGGUCUUGCCUGGAUCUCUGAGAAUAUUGAUGCAUUUGGCGGUGACAAGGACAGCGUGACCAUCUGGGGAGAAUCAGCAGGCUCCUUUGCAGUCGGCCAGCUACUCAUGAGCUACGGUGGUCGAACAGACGGUCUCUUCCACCGCAGUAUCCAGGAAUCUGGCUCUGCAGCAACAGCAUGGUAUAACGGUUCAGACUGGUACCAGCCCAUUUACGACAACAUCGUCGACAAGACGAAUUGCUCAAAUCUGCCUGACACGCUCGCCUGCCUCCGCACAGUCCCUUACCAAACCCUACUGCCCUUGCUGGCAAAACCUAUCCAAGGACCAGGCUGGUACCCGACCGUCGACGGCGACAUCAUCCCCAACUUCCCCACCGAGCUCUUGCACUCCGGCCGCUUCGCGCACAUCCCACAUCUUUACGGUUCCAACUCGGACGAAGGGACAGACAACGCGCCCGCCGGUGGCGUGAUAAACACCACACAACAACUCUAUGACUUUGUAAAAGGCAGCACGGGCUUCGGCUUUCCCGAUGCCGUCGUCACCAAGCUUCUUGAACUAUACCCCGACGACCCGGCACAGGGCAUACCGCUCAACACCAGAGACGAGAGAUUCGCAGAGCAGGGCAUGCAGUACAAACGCAUAGCAGCAAUCAUGGGUGACGCAUUCUAUCACGCGCCCCGUCUCGACGACGCAAGACAGUAUGCGAAGUACGCUCCGACAUACAUCUACCGCUUCAACACGCGCCCCUGGCAAGCAUCCACAACCAAUUCCUCUGAAGGCGGCCUCGCACCAGCGUACAAGGGCGUGCAGCACUUCAGCGAGACGCAGUUCGUUUUCGCGAACCCGAGCUUCUACGGCCCGUGGCCCGAGUACAACGCCCUGAGCGACGUGAUGAGUGCACAGUGGGUCAAAUUCAUUGCGGGUGGGGAUCCAAAUGGGGAGGGGUUGCCGAGGUGGCCGAGGUAUAGUGAGAGUGUGAAGGGGAGUAAUUUGGUUAUUCAGGCGAGUGGGAGAGGGCAGAAUGGGAGUUUUGUGGAGGAGGAUACGUGGAGGGUGGAGGGGAGGGAGUUUUUGACCAAGUGGGCGAGGAGGAGACAUGUGUGA